GAAAUUGGAGUUUGAUCGUCAACAGGUGCGCAUUGGGGCUUAUUUUUGGGCUUGUCCAGGGCGAGAUCUUGCAUUUUUUUUUUGGACUCUGGUCCAGGGUAUUAUCUUACUGCAGAGCGAUAACAUUGACAAAUAUAUCGACAGUCCUUAUCACUUGCGGUGGUACUUUCUGAGAAGAAUUAAAUGGGAAAUUCAACGAGGGUCAGCAUAGAGUAUUUUAUGCUGACCGAAGCGUAAAAAAGAUUUAAUGGAAUUUAGAUAAAAAGAAUCCCCAAUUUUUUUUUUGUGAUAAAAUGCGGCUCAAAUGGUGCUUUUUUGAGUCAUAAAUAUACCACGAACCAUGACAUCUCAAGUGGUCUCUUAUCGAAAUUAUUAUCUAAACAUGAGUAAUGAUAAUGAGGUGCACUCAAACUGGAGAUAACUUGUUUAUAAACUCUAUUAAAGCAUGUUUUAUUGAGCUCUCAGAGGUGUUCAUCUUCAGAUAAUCUGAAGAGAUUCUUAUGGGGCACUUCGGUCUCCAACUACGCCCCUGAGUGGGCCCCUUCCCACAUUCAGAGAUAGUAAUAAGAGAGAGAGUGGAUUAUUAGAGAGUCGUACAUUGAGUUCAUCUCUUUGGGUCACACGACCGACAAUACUGAGCAUUCCGCGAAAGAAGUCACCAUUGCAAUUGCCGCCAAUUGAACUCUUCCCGUGUGUUGUGUCUUGUGGUCUUGUGAGGGCAUUCUUCUCUGGCAAAUGGAGUCACUCUUUAUUGGUGUUGACGUGGGCAGUGGAAGUGCCAGGGCUGGACUCUUUACAGCUACUGGACAAACUCUGGAAACGUUCUCCGUAAACAUUCCCACAUGGAUGCCCCUUGAGGAUCACUAUGAACAAUCCUCGGAGGAGAUUUGGAGUGCUGUAUGCAAAUGUGUCAAGCAUAUUGCUGGCCAGAGGUCUCCUCAAUCCAUCCGUGGAAUUGGCUUCACAGCUACAUGCUCCCUGGUUGCUCUCCAAGAAGUCGACAAACCCCUUUCUGUGUGUGUAGAUGGAGUGGACAAUAGGAAUAUCAUCAUGUGGAUGGAUCACAGGGCUGUCCAGGAGGCCAAUGACAUCAAUGCGCAGAAGCAUGAAUUGCUCAAGUUUGUCGGUGGGAGAGUUUCCGCUGAAAUGGAGUGCCCUAAAAUUCUCUGGCUCAAAAGACAUGCUCCCCAGUCAUUCUGGGACAAAGUCACCAAACUCAUUGAACUUCCGGACUUUCUCACAUUCAAAAGUACAGGAAAUAUUGCAAGAUCCCUCUGUUCGAUGGUCUGCAAAUGGAAUUAUGAUGGACAAAACCAUUCCUGGGAUUCAAAAUUUUUGCAAUCUGCUGACCUUCUGCACCUCAGUGCUGGACAUGAAUUUCAUCAUCUUGCUGGAGAUAUUGUUGAGAGUCCCGGAUCCCUCUUGGGAGGAUUAACCGCUCUUGCAGCAAAAGAUCUCGGACUUUUGCCAGGGACAGCCGUUGGUACAUCUGUGAUUGAUGCUUAUGCUGGAGCAUUGGCUCUUUUGGGGGCAGAAACAGACAGUGGUAUUGAGCUGAGAGAAAAGAUUGCCCUGAUCUGUGGAACUUCCACUUGUCACAUUUGCGUAGCUCCUGAAAUGGAUUUUGUUGAGGGAGUUUGGGGCCCUUACAAAGAUGUCCUUUUUGCUGGAAUGUAUGCCCAUGAAGCUGGGCAGAGUGCCACUGGAAAGCUUCUCGAUGACCUUCUAUACUCUCAUCCAUCGUUCAACAAAAUUUGCAAUGAGAUCAAGUCCAGAGAACUUAAGGAUGUUUAUGAGCAUCUCAACACUCUCCUAGGAAGAUUGAGCCAGGAGAAGAACAUCCCUCUCCAUGAAUUAACAGCAGAUCUUCAUGUUUGUCCAGAUUUCCAUGGAAAUCGCUCCCCAAUUGCCGAUCCUACGCGUCGUGGGAUGAUCUGUGGACUCACACUGAAUCACGAGCCCACAGAUUUGGCUCUCAUCUACCUGGCCACUGUUCAGGCUCUGGCCUAUGGCACCAGGCAGAUUUUGGCUCAAUUUUCCCGCAAAUUCCGUGCCAUUCUCAUUUGUGGUGGUCUCAGUCUCAAUCCCGUCUACGUUGAGGCCCAUGCAGACGUCUGCCAGGUGCCAGUGUUCAUUCCCAGUGAACCUGAGAGUGUUCUCUUGGGAGCCAGCGUCUUAGGCGCAUGUGCUGCCGGACUAUAUCAAAAUCUUCCAGAAGCUGCUGCCAAAAUGGGUGGGAAAUCUCAAAGGAUUGACCCGAAAGAAGCUUCUUACAGUUAUCACGACAAAAAAUUCAAAGUCUUUGAAAAACUACUAAAGGAUCAAGCAGAAUACAGGGAUAUUAUGAAAGGAUAAGCAUUUUGCUAUAAAUGAAUUGUGAUGUGAAAAGCAUUCCUAAAUGCCAUAAAUAGAAUUGAUUCUUAAAUGGAAAUAAAUAUGUGGGAUGAUCUAA